UUAUUUUCAAAGUCCUAUUUUCUUUUCUAGAAUUUAUUUUAUAACGUAAUAAACGUUGGACACUAUAAAAGAGUUUCAAGCUAGGAGAAAUGAGACUGAUUAAGAAAGUAAUUUGACCUGGCUAGGUAAGGAUAGGGUAUUGAAAGAAAAGCAAGGGAGAUUCCUGAUAUUAUUCUCUUACACUUCUUUUCUGCUUUUUGAUUCCCAAGGACAAGGAAAAAGUCCAUUUUAUCUCAUUAGCCACCCCAGUACAUUAGGUGGAAGAGUUUCAGCUAUCUGUAUCUAUAUAUACUGAAAUAGGAAACUCUGUCAUCACCACUUAUAGCUCAUUCCCCAAACACUCAUCUGCUUUUAUUUUUCAUAAGCCACUUCAUCCAUUCCAUCUAGGUGUUGCAGCAAGCAUCAAUGGCAGAUCAAGGUGUCUUUCUGAGCAAAAGCAAAGGUUUUGGUGGCGGAACAAGGGAGGAAAGAGAUUUCGAUGAAGAUCUGUGGGGUGUUGUAGCCAAGGAAAGGAAUGAUUUUGGCCCAAAAAUCACAAGAAAUUUUCCAAGGGCUAAAACAUCAUCCACUUCUGAUUCCCCUUUGGCUCACAAAUCUUCAGCACCUGUGGACAUUCCUGACUGGUCAAAAGUUUACGGGAAAAAUUGCAUGAAGGGUUCAAGGGAUGGUGGUGUAAGCCACAACGGUGAUGAAGGUGAUGAUGAGGAUGAUGAUGAUAUGGUUCCUCCACAUGAAUGGCUUGCUAGGAAGCUUGCAAGGAGCCAGAUUUCAUCUUUCUCUGUGUGUGAGGGAAUGGGAAGGACCCUGAAAGGCAGAGAUCUUAGCAAAGUGAGGAAUGCUGUUUUGACCAAAACUGGCUUCAUAGAGUAGUUGUUACUUAGUGCAUAGUGGAGUAGUCACAACCAUAACCAUCUUCCAUCAUAUAACAUCAAGUUUUGUCAUCACAAUCAAAUCAUCCAUCAUUGUGAUCCCAUGCCAUCUUUUUGUUUUGAUUUUUCUCAGCAAUAUAUGGCAUAUUAUGUAUGGAAUGUUGAAUCUUGCUGGUAUGAAACCAGAGCUGCAUUGUUUGUUUUGUUCUUUGUGUUUUUUGUUCUAAGUUUUUCUGGGAAAAAAGGGGGCAAAUCUGAAACUUUUGAGUGGAUUUCUAGUAUAUUUUUGUUAUGAAACAAGCCUAUUUUAAUCCAUGCAACAUGUAAUUUUAUGUUACUAUUGGUUAUUAUGAUUAUUCAAAUAUAAUCCCUUGCUUUAAUGUCUACUUUUAUUUAAACUCAAUGAACUUUAGAUUGUAGAUUUAAUAAGCAAAACAGACCAGCACAAAAAUUUCUUUUUCAAAAUGAUGAAUCUGACUGACAUCCUUUUUUCAUUAGAAUUAGGGGCCACCACCAAUAUGGUAUAAAGAAAGAAUAAACUAUAAAGUUAAAAGAGCAUAAUGCCAUGCAUUCCUUCUUGAUCCUGUUCGAAUAUGGGGGAAAGAGGAAGAACAAAAAACUUGGGUAAUCCUUUCUUGAAGAACUUAUUGUAAAAAGUUAAGCAUUGAUAACUCUAGU